CAUUCCUCGGGUCAUCUUCUCCUUCUUCUGAGGUUGGCCCAUGGAUCCAACCUAUCCUUGCAACUACCUAAGCCAAUCAGCAGCUCCAUAAGCUCUGUGCACAGACCAUCUUGGACUGAGCAGGCCGAACGAGUUGCGCCUGCAGUGACCGGGAGUGGGUGUCUGGUCUGUCGUCAACGUCAAGAUCCCAAAUCGUAAACUAAACUGAACCAAUUCGAACUCGGCAUCACGACUGCAUUGCGGCCCUCAUAAGCCAUGAUGCUGUCCCGCCGAAUUGUACGGGCAUCGCCCGCCCGCCUCGUUGCGCUCGCCGCGAACCGAUCCCCCAUUGUCCAACAGCGCCGUACCUUCUUGCCCGACCAACUUACCGGCCGGGGCGGCCUCAUGGAAGAAAAGUACCCCGACUCCGAUUAUCCUCAACUCACCGAUGCUGAGGACCCCGAAAUGAACGGCGGCUACAUCAACCCUCCACGCAUCAAGCGCCAGUUUCGCGAUCCCUACGCCAAGUGGUGGGACCCUCAGGAGCGUCGCAACUUUGGCGAGCCCGUGCACGAAGACCACGAUCUCCUGGGCAUGUUUUCGCCAUACGAGUACACUUGGGUCUCUCCCGGCAAAGGUCUUGCCCAGAUUGGCGCCUUCAUCGUUGCCUUCCUCGGUCUCUGCUACGGCGUCAAGCUCACGUACCCCGACAAGGUCUCGUAUCCUCGCGAGUUCGAGGACGGUUUGUUGCAGGAACUGGGCGGUUCGGGAGCUGUUAGGGCGAGACGGGCGGGUGAUCGUGACCCUUGAAUGAGUACAGACACAAAGGAACAAGUACAGAACAGAGCAUGCGCCGUGUACAGAGAGGUAGCUGCUCCUACUUCCAUCCGGGGUGAACGGUACCCGGGGAGGUCAUAGAAAGAGUUGAGUCAUGGCAAGCAGUCAUUAAUGAUCCCAGAGUGCAUCCGGUCCAACUACCUCCAAUUUCUGCUGUUUCGUCUUGUGUUGGAGGGUACCCAUUCAGCUUAGGAUGUUCGAGUUCUGCCUGCCUUGGAGGCCAGAAAACCUGUCACUUUGAUGGAAUUAUAGACUAACCCAGCCCUUCCAUUUUCAUUGGAAACUGACCAUGACGCACCAGUCCAUAGGAACAACGUCGAGCAAAGAACUCCACAGAAGCAUGUUGCUGCUUCUAAUGAGAUUUCCUCUGCAUUAUCAUGACUCGUGCAAGUUCAUCCGGGGUAACGACUCCACAUUUGCUGUCGGGUCGGGUCGGGUCGGGUGCAAGUCGCAAGUGGAUCACUGACUCGGGACCGAACCCUCACUCAGUAGGUACUUGUAGGCAUCAAUGGCAACUCUCGCUCACGAUA